AUGGUGGGACCCCUUCAUUAUGCAGCACUCCUAGGUCUGGCUCAAGUUACAAAACUACUUCUCAAUGAACAAAGCGAAAUUAUCGCUCCUAGCGGAUACCAUGACAUUCCACUCCAUGCAGCUGCAACUGAGGGCCAUCUGGAGGUAGUCAAAAUACUGCUUGACGUAGGUGCCGAUUGCAAU